AUGCUGUGCCGUCAGCCUGCUUUCGAUGCCAUUAGGGCCCCAUGUCGUCGGGCAUUGACACGUCGCUUUUUGUCGCACCACAAAGUGGUUGCAAAUGCCGAUGUCGCUGUUGAGGACAUUUCGUCCGACUCCAAGCUGAUCGUAGGCGGCUUUGGACUCUGUGGAAUUCCAGAGAAUAGUAUCCAAGCUUUGGUCAAGCACGGAGCUUCAGACUUGACCUGUGUGUCAAACAAUGCAGGGGUAGACGAUUUCGGCCUGGGGCUGCUGCUGCAAACACGCCAGAUCAAGCGGAUGAUCGCGUCCUACGUUGGGGAAAAUGCGCUUUUCGAGAAACUUUAUCUGACGGGAGAGCUUGAAGUGGAGCUCACGCCACAGGGCACCCUCGCUGAGCGCAUUCGUGCAGGUGGUUCUGGGAUCCCAGCCUUUUAUACACCUACGGCAUUCGGCACGAUUAUCCAGGAGGGAGGGUUCGCCAUCAAAUUGAACCCCGAUGGCUCGGUCGACAUUCCAAGUGCUCCGCGAGAAGUUCGCGUGUUCAAUGGUCGCAAUUUCGUGAUGGAAGAAGGGAUCACGGGUGACUUUGCGCUGGUCAAGGCGUGGAAAGGUGAUACGGAUGGAAAUUUGGUGUUUCGAGGCACCGCGCGCAACUUUAACGUUGACGCAGCUAAGGCCGGACGAAUUACGAUUGCAGAAGUGGAGGAGCUGGUGCAGCCAGGAGACAUCCAUCCAGACGAGGUUCAUCUGCCGGGAAUCUACGUGCAACGCAUUUUUAAGGCCGACAAGACGGAGAAGCGAAUCGAAAGACUUACACUCGCCAACGAAAAGGAAUCGCAAUACAAGAUCUCACCGGAUCGCGAACGCAUCAUCCGCCGCGCAGCCAAAGAGUUAAAGGACGGAAUGUACGUGAACUUAGGUAUCGGGUUGCCAACGCUAGCGUCCAACUACGUUCCAGACGGCGUCAAGGUAAUUUUGCAGAGUGAGAACGGAUUGCUGGGCAUGGGACCAUACCCGAAUGAAGGCAGGCAGGAUCCGGAUCUGAUCAACGCUGGCAAGGAAACCGUAACGUUUCUGCCGGGUUCGUCCACCUUCUCGUCGUCAGAGUCAUUCGCUAUGAUCCGUGGCGGUCAUGUACAUCUGACUAUCCUUGGCGCCCUACAGGUCGCGGAGAACGGUGACCUGGCAAAUUGGAUUAUUCCAGGCAAGAUGGUCAAGGGAAUGGGUGGCGCCAUGGACCUCGUUGGUAGCGGCAACCGAGUUGUCGUUACGAUGGAGCACAACGCGAAAGGAGGGGUCAAGAAGAUCUUGAAAAGCUGUUCUUUGCCACUUACAGGCAAGAGCGUUGUGGACACCAUCAUUACGGAGCUUGGCGUGUUCAACGUAGUACCGGACAGGGGUCUCGUGCUAGUGGAAAUCGCACCUACCACCACAGUCGAGGAGAUCCGUGAGCGUACGGAAGCAGCAUUCACCGUGGCUCACGACCUUAAGUCGAUGGAGGAGGUGAUCUGA